AUGGAAGCGUUGGAAAGCUCGCUUGAACGACUCCAUGGACCAGUCGUGAUGCAGAGCGCUCCACAGAAGGCACGGAAACGGACCCGCUGGACUGUGGUUGUUGACGGUGUCGUGCCAGGGACUAGUAGUGAGAGUGUGCAAUCAGGAACGGUUUCCGAGUCAUCAAAGUCUACUGAUGGACCUGAGCCUGAACAGACUCGAGCCCAAGGUUUGCUGUCGGUGGCAACGCUACGUUCGUGUCGCACUGCCGUGGACGAGGCGGUAGCUGGCGCUCUGGUUCGGGAAAACCACGCCUCUGAGGUUAUCGUGCAGCACGUGUUGGAGCUGAAAAACGCCAGUGUUCUGGCUGAGCGGAAAGCUGCACAACGCGCUCUAACCUAUGCUAUCACGAACAGAGGCGAUGCCGGCGGUGUCUUCCGAACACUUUUCGCGUUCUGGCGCGCUGGCGAAUGGGACGCCACGGCGACGCUGGCUUUGAUGCGUGCGCUACCCCGCUUCGCCGACGCCGCUGGAGAACAUGUCAGGUUGUACGUUAGCGAGCUCCUUCAUCUGACGAUGCUGGGCAGGCUGCCCGAACUCGAUCCAAACCGAACCUCAAACUUCGAAGACAAGUCCGUCGAACGUCAGGCGAGACGAGAGCACGAAGCGCCAACGUCAUAUAUCGACCUGGAUCGCGCAAUGAACCCAGACGCGCCGGAGAAUACCUCCCUACUGAGGUCACUUCUCCGCCUGGUCGGCGUUGCACCGAUCAUCCAAGCUAUACGGCCCUGGUUCGAAUCACCAGAGUACCUGAUUCGGCUCUGCGCCGCUCAUGUCAUUGCGUUUCUGGCGUCCAGUGCAGGAUUCGCUACGAUACAACCGCUUCUCGAAGCGAUGCUGAGCUCGCGGCGGUACGGAUCGCUACCGCGGGAAACCGCUGCGCUUUCACUACGCCUCCUGGCCACGCGAUGGAGUGGGGAUCUGCACCCACAUCUACCAAGUUUUGUGCAGUUCGUGCUGCGCCUUGUUUCAGAUCCGGAUCCGCUCGUGAAACUUGCUGGUGCACGUGCUGUGGCGGCGCUAGCUACGGUGGUGUCUGCGCAAGAUUCCGCCUCCCUGGAGGCGCUGCGUGCACCCAUUUGGGACGGCGUGCGUGCCUAUUAUGAUCGAACGUUGGUGGCGUUUCUCUCAGCGGCAGCUGCGCUGAUUCGCUGCAUGCCAUUGGAGGAACGCGCCUUUCAUGCAGCGGCGCUUUUGGCGCCAACGAUGCGUGCGAUGCGCACACACUGCGCUGUUGGUGUCCUUGAACAGCUGCUUGUUCACGGCAGUAUACCCGAAGACACCUUAGCAUCGAACGUUUUAGGAGAGUUUUUGGAGAUGUGUUUCCUGCGACCGGAGCGAAGCGUCUGUCGGGCGGCAGCACGCAGCGCUGUUCGAAGGCGGCUUGCUCGAGUGGCGGCACUUAUGUCUGAGCGGGUUGGUGUAUCUGCUGUGUUGACGGAUGAUGUUGUUUGUUGCUUGGACGCGGCGGAUGCUGAUCCCGUGAUUGUCCUAUUGUUACUGGAAACGGUGCGGCAGGUGCUGCGGAGCGGGCGUGGCCAGCUUGAUCUGAAGCCGGCUUCUGAGCGCCGUCUGAUCCAGGGUCUACUUCAGUGCUUGCGGCGUUCUGCGCCGACUCCCUACCGCCACGUGAGCUCGAUUCUGUGGAUGUUGGGUGCCCGCGUCGUACCGUGGUCCGAGACGCUGGUGCAUUUGCUAGUGGCUCGUUUACAGAGUGCAGCGGCUGCGACUCGUGCAGAGGCUGCACGACUCGUCUGCAGACUGGUGCCCAUGUGGGUGCAACUCGGAGAUGCGGAUGCACUCGCUCGUCUGGGUAUCGUCCUCGCAGAGUGCUACAAUGAAGUGUAUCCGGAGGCGUUGGCGGCCAUGUUAGAAGCACUGGGUGCCAUUUUGGACCAUUUGACUGCCUACCUGCCGCCGUCGGAGGUUCCAUUCGCUGAGAUUCUCUCCCGAUUGGUUCCUGUCUUACGAAAUCCGGCCGAAGAGGUACAAGCUGCGGCGGCUCUGGUUGUGAUGGUGCUUGCUCGUCAUGCUGGCUCCAGUAUUCCAGACUCGGAAUGGCUGCGUGUUGCCCAGGAGCUUCGAAGAGCGCUCGGUGCCCAGCGGCGCCAAGUGCGCUACCGGGCGGUUGAUGCAUACGGUGCCGUCGCUCGCGUGCUUGGCCAAAUUGACUCGCUAGGGCAAACCUUGCUUGCUGCACUUCGACAAACCGAUCGCUCGAUGCGUGUCGCUGCAUCCGUUGCGCUCGCCAUAGCGACCUUACAGAGCCCCGACCGGAUGCUAGCGCAGCUGCUGGAUGCUUACAUCGGCGAGCAGGACAAGAAUGUUCAAACUGGGAUCCUGAAAUCCGUCGGGUUCUACUGCGCAUUUUCCGGUGAUGCGAAUCGGUCGUGGAAUGCUCUCCAGGUGUAUGCGGUGACGCGUUUGUUGGAAUCGGCGCUGAUUGAACGCUACGAUACGCACCGACAGUUGGCUUGCGAGGCGACGGGACACUUUGCUCUGGCGCUGGUGGGGCACGGCUACGAGGAGGCGAUGCUCCAUCUGCUGAACCACGUCUGGCCGGCGUACGUAGCCCAGGUAUCUUCGCCGGAAGACACGCACCUAGAACAUGCGGUAGCGUUUUCGGUGCAAGCAUUGGGAAUAGCGCUGGGCGCAGGAGUGCUGAAUGCCUACCUGACGCAAGGGCUAUUCCACCCGGCGCAAGCUGUGCGCAAACUGUAUUGGACGGUGCAGCGAUGGCAGAUGGAGUAUUUUGGCGGCUGGAGUGGCGUCUCCAGUUGUUUGUUUGGACUUAAAGGACCGGAGUGGCCGGCCGCAACUCUGUAA